AGAACGUCACAAAAAACAGAACUAAUUAAAUGUAAAAUGUCCUAUUUGCAAAUACAAAACAAAGAAAAUGAAUUGAUAUUAAACACUCCCAAUCGUUUGGAAAUACUUAAAGAGGGUGCACCAAUUAAUCAAAUUAAAAGUAAUUUACUGGGACGAGGAACAUAUGGCACAGUAAUUAAAGCUAUUUAUAAAGCAAAACCGGUGGCAGUUAAAAUUAUAAAAAAUUCACAAGAUGUAAAUAAACAAACUGCCGGUAAUGAGGCCCAUAUAUUGGGUUGGUUACAUCCAAAUAUCGUGAGAAUUUUUAAGAUUGAAUCUACACCAAAUUUUUCCAUUGUGGUAAUGGAACGUUUUAAUGGUCAUUGUUUGCAAAAAGUUUUGGAUACAAUUGAAUUGCCUUUAAUUCAUAGGAUCUUCAUUGCCAUUGAUAUAAUCUCCGGUUUAAUAUAUUGUCAUAAUAACUAUUUAUUACACAUGGAUAUUAAACCACAAAAUAUAAUGGUACAACUAUUGUAUCCAAAACCACAACAGAAAAUUAACCCAAAUAAACCCAACAGAAGGUACAAAUGUAAAUUAUGUGAUUUUGGUUCGUCAGUGAAAAUAACUGCAGGAAAAACUCAAGCUACAGGUUUAGCAAAGGGCACCAUACGUUAUAUGGCACCGGAAGCCCUCAAAGAAGAAGAACUAACAACUGCUGCUGAUGUAUAUGCCUUGGGCAUAACGCUGUGGCAAAUGUCUUAUCGUCUAAUGCCAUAUUAUUGGCUGGAAUGUAAUGAAGUGGUAGCCUAUCAAGUGGUUAAACAUAAAUUACGGCCCAAUGCUUUACAAUCGAAUAUUGAGGAAAUUACGAAUACAAAUUCCACAAAUUUACAUGAUAAUUGUUUUUGUGCUACAAAUUCCGCUAAUUUAUCAUAUCAUUCCUGGGAAAAUCUACGCAAUAUUUUAAAUAAAACCAAAUGUGAAUUAUUAACGGAAACAGUGACAAAGGCUGAGUAUCCUUUAAAAAAGUUAGAUUUAAAAAGAACCCCUUUAAAGGAUUUAAAUCAACAAGUAAAUACUAAAGAAAAAAUUUCAAAUGUAAAACGUAAUUUACAACAGGAAUUCAUGAUCAUUGAUUCAUUUGCUUUGGCAAGCAUUUUUAAAAAUGAUAGUGAUUUUCUUGAUUCACUGCAAAAGGAAGAGUUGUAUGAGGAAAUAUUUAAAUCCUGCUGGCUCAGUGAUUGUAAUGAAAGACCCAAAUGUAGGGAAUUACUAAAACGUUUUAAUGAAUUUAUGUAAAAUUAUAUAUAAUUAUGUUUUUAGUCUUAAGUUGUUGUAUGUUUUAUGUUUUGCAUGUUU